AUGAGUGCUUUUAAAUUCUCAAUUACGCCUCGAACGGAAAGCAAAGAGAACAUCUCGGAGAUAACAAUCGAUGUAGACGAAGUUGCGCAAUUUUUGCGUGCCCUUGAUACCUCGAAAGCAUGUGGCCCCGACGGCAUUCCAGCUCGCCUGUUACAAGUAUGCGCCCUUGAAAUUGCACCAAGCAUAUGUGAGUUGUUUAACCGUUCCUUGCAAACUGGUCAUGUUCCAUCUGAGUGGAAAUCUGCGAAUGUUACACCCGUCCACAGAAAAGAUCUUAAAGAACCGGUGGAACAUUACAGACCAAUAUCGUUGCUGCCCAUCGUUGGCAAAGUACUAGAGCGUUGCGUGUGCAUCAGACUAUAUAAUCAUAUCAGGCACCUCGUCACAAAAGCACAACAUGGCUUCCUUAGACGGCGAUCUUGCGUUAGUCAACUACUAUCGGUACUACACGCCAUCGGGCAAUCCCUUGACAAAAACGUUCAAACUGACGUUAUCUACCUCGACUUUGCGAAAGCUUUUGACUCUGUCGAUCACCAAAUUCUCCUCCACAAGCUUGCGUCAUACGGUGUGUCAGGUCAUUUAUAUGAAUGGUUCGCGGACUAUCUCAGUGGUCGUCGUCAAAGGGUUGUGAUUGAUGGAGCUACAUCUAAUUGGGUGCCAGUUACAUCUGGAGUGCCGCAAGGCAGUCUCCUGGGUCCUAUUCUGUUUGUGAUAUUCAUAAACGAUCUUCCCGACAUAUUACCUGACGAGACUUUGGCAGCUUUGUAUGCAGACGACACCAAACUGUACAAGUCCAUCACAUCAGUAGGUGACUGUGAAAGUUUGCAACAAGCUUUAACAGACCUUGACUGCUGGAGCCGUGACAACAACCUCAAUUUUAACGAGUCGAAGUGUAAGGUGUUGACAAUUACAAGGAAAAAAACCCCGCUGACGUACGCAUAUCACAUGGGCUCAAAGGAACUUACUCGUGUGAAUAAGGAAAAAGAUCUUGGUGUCUUCAUAAAUUACAACCUCUCAUGGGACGAUCAUGUUCAUACCAUCACCGCCAAAGGGAACAAGAUGCUUGGCAUGCUGAAAGGAACUUACCCUCUACUGACUAACACCGCAGUGAGGCGGACGCUGUACUUGUCACUCGUGAAGUCCCAGAUAAGUUACGCCACCGAAGUCUGGUCUCCUCCUGCCAUCAAAAUGAGAUCCAUGCAGUGGAACGUGUACAAAGGAGAGCCACCUCUUGGAUACUGCAAGCCAAGCGCGGAGAAAUUGCAUAUAAGCAGCGGCUGA